AUAGCAUUCAGAAAGUUCCUUGAUAACCACAAAAACGUUCGGAAACUCGAGAUGAAAUUUAAACGUUUUAAAUAACUUUUUAACUUUAAAUUUGAACAGAGUGACUUAGGAGUGGCAUUCGUUGUAUUAGUAAUUUGUUUUGGUCUUACCGCUUACAUAACUAGAGCGACAUCUUACGCCAUUGUUAUGCUGUUGAGAGUUUGUUAUGUGAACUAGUCAGCUGUUUUGAAUAUUCCCGUUCUGAUUUUCGUUAGUUUUGUUGUUGUUUUCUAUAUUCCGUAUUCGUAUGAGUUGGAAGUGGCGAUUUCCUUACUAAUGACAUCCGCUGAGUCAGGAUUAAAUAGAAACGGAAGAAAAAACCGCUGAUACCUAGUGACAGACACGCUGCUGUUCUUUCCAGCACCAUGAGCGCGGCUUUUUUGGUUUCCGGAGUUCUCUUUUGCUGCUCUGUAAAUGUGAUGAUCCUGGAGCUGCAGAUUAAGGCGGACCCAGGCUCAGCCAAUUUGAUAACGUUUUGCCAGUUUCUUUUUGUGGCUGUCGUUGGAUUUAUGACCGGAACAAAUUUCGGUCGCAAAACCAGGGUUAUUCCGCUGAGACACUAUGCCGUGCUAACGACGCUGUAUUUCGUACAGAGUUUUGCCAACAACAAGGCUUUGUCGUAUAACAUAUCCAUGCCAAUGCAUAUGAUAAUAAAAUCGGGCUCGUUAGUGGCUAACAUGAUACUUGGAGUAUCCCUUGCAGGAAAAAGGUAUCCUGCAUCAAAAUGGGUGUCAAUUUUUCUGGUUUCCGGCGGAAUUAUUCUUUGCACGUUAGCGUCAGCUGACGAUGCUUUGAAGAAACAUGAGAAUCGUGAGAUGGAUGUGGAUGAGAUAUCCUCGACUGCCGUUGAGAAGGACAGCAGGAGCGAACGAGGUGGCUUUGUGUCGUUGUGUAUCGGUGUUGGAUUGGUUAGUUUUUCGGUGUUCGUUGCCGCUGGACUCGGUCUUUUCCAAGAGAUUUUGUUUAAACGUUAUGGGCGGCAUUCACAGGAAGGAGUAUUCUAUACUCACAUUCUGCCCUUGCCCUGUUUCAUAUUCGCCGCUGAAUCCCUUAUCCAGCAUGUUCACGUGUACAACGCGUCGGAGCCAUAUUUUUCCGACGUGUUAAUGCGGCAAAUCCCGGUGCCGAGAUUAUGGCUGUUGAUGUUGGCCAACGUGAUAACCUUCUUCGGAUGCUCAAGUUCGGUGGUGUCUUUGAUGACCAUUUGUUCCUCCUUGACCGUGACGCUAGUCUUGACACUUAGAAAAUUUUUCAGUAUUUUCAUUUCUGUAUACUGGUUCGAUAAUACGUUUCACACACGCCACUGGGUAGGCACGUUUUUCGUGUUCUUGGGAACCUUGCUGUACAUUGAUUUGAGCUUUGUUAAGCAAUGGUGGCCAAAGCCAAAACAGUCGUGAAGUGAUUUAUAAGAAGGCGUUAUGCUGAUUUCGCGAAGGAGACGUGUGUAACCCGUUUCUGUUUGAUCCAAAGAAUGAACUAGUGCCUGUUUUUCUCAGUUUGAAGCCUGGGGUUUUAUGCAUUUAAAUUUUGACUUGCAGAUGUACUUUUUUGUCUUUACUUUGGGAAUAAAUAUAUUGUUGACUAUUGAAAGGGUAAAUUACCGAGUGCCUUUGUGUAUCUUGCCAUUUACAAUUUUAGCUGCACGAAGCAGCUGUUUAUGCCAAUCGAU